AACACGUCUGGUCCGAUUUUGGAAAUCAAAUUCAAAAGAUGCGCGCUUGACACUGUCAUUUUCAUUCUUAUAACCUCUAAAAAAACAUACGUCAAAAAGUUGUCAACUUUUACCGGUGCUUUUGGCAGGUUUGUGAAAUUCGGGCCGCUUGCACACAAUGGUCGAGGCGGUCACAAUGAUGCGCUACGUGUCCCCAGUGAACCCGGCUGUCUUUCCGUCCCUAACUUUGGUUCUUUUGGGGAUUGGGGUUUUCUUCACGGCUUGGUUUUUUGUCUAUGAAGUGACAAGCACGAAACAAACCCGAGAUUUGAAAAAGGAAUUAUUAGUGUCACUUGUCGCAUCAAUAUUUUCCGGGUUUGGAAUCCUCUUUCUGUUACUAUCAGUUGGCAUUUACGUUUGAUAAUAAUUAUUGUUACGAAAUGUUGUAUUUUGAUUCAAUAAAAUUUAGGAUAAUU